UCGGCGCUGAAGAAGAAACUGAUGGAGCUGCACAAUCAGAGUGAGAGAGCCGUGCGAGCGAUGAACACGGUGAAAACAAAACAAGGCCAAGUUACUGAGACAGCUUCCAGGAAGAAAGAUUUGGUCAGAAGUGAGUUUGCAGAAAUCAAAGCUUUAGUCGAAGAAAGCGAAAAUCAGGCCUUAAAAGUAAUUGCAGAUGAAGAAAAAAGAGUUUGCAAUAAGUUUGAUUAUGUUUACGGUAUUCUGGGAAGCAAGAAGAAUGAAAUCCAGUCUGUCAGAGAUCAGAUUGAGAUGGCCCUGACCGAAGGUGAUGACAUUCUGUUUUUGAAGAGAGCAGCAGCACUGCAACAAACAUCAACAAAAGACGCUUUUGUUCCUGUAAUUGAGAUGGACCAAAACAUGAUACAUUCUGCUUAUCAGUCUGCCAUUAACCUCAAAGACAUCGUGAAACUUUCAGUGACUCAGUCCAGGGAGACAAGAGCGGAAGUGUUCCUGGCAAUACAAACGAUAAUGUACAAUAUCACCAUUGCAGUAAAACUGACACCUGGGAAAACUAUGCCCCAUCCAGCGGCUUCUCCAAACACAGCCCCUGUUGGGAAAAAGCCUCCGGGACCACAGGAGAAAAAGAAAGCUGCUAAAGUUGCGCCGACCACAGGAACACCAAAAGCUGCAGCUGCGACUAAAGAGCUCAUUGACAGCUUUCUGAAGAAAUCCAGAGAGGAGCUUUUGCAGUAUGCUGCCAACAUCACGCUGGAUUACAACACAGCUCAUAACAAAAUCAUUCUGUCGGAGAGAUACACCAAGAUGUCUGUCUCGGACAUCCCCCUGCUUUAUGACCACAACCCUCAGCGCUUCACCCACUGCCCCCAAGUGCUGGGGCUCCAGUACUUCAAGAGUGGCAUCCACUACUGGGAGGUGGAAAUGGAACAGAACAACUUCUGUGGCAUUGGCAUCUGCUACGGCAGCAUGGAGAAGCAGGGGCCGGAGAGCCGCCUGGGGAGGAACAGCAGUUCUUGGUGUGUCGAGUGGUUUAAUUCCAAAAUAUCAGCCUGGCAUAACGAUGUUGAAAAGUGCUUGCCCAAUACAAAGGCUACUAAGAUUGGUGUGCUGCUCCACUGCGAGGGAGGGUUUGUGAUCUUUAUGGCUGUUGGGGAGAAGCAUAACUUGAUCUAUAAAUUCAAAGCCCAGUUUACUGAAGCCUUGUACCCUGCCUUCUGGUUAUUCUCCAGUGGCACGGUUCUCUCGCUCUGCCACAUGAAACAGUAA